AUGGAGGAGUACGCGCGCGAGCCCUGCCCCUGGCGCAUUGUGGACGACUGCGGUGGGGCCUUUACAAUGGGAACCAUAGGUGGUGGGAUCUUCCAGGCAAUCAAAGGCUUCCGCAAUUCUCCAGUGGGAGUAAACCACAGACUAAGGGGGAGUUUGACAGCUGUUAAAACCAGGGCCCCGCAGCUGGGAGGUAGCUUCGCUGUUUGGGGAGGCCUGUUCUCCAUGAUCGACUGCAGUAUGGUUCAGGUCCGAGGGAAGGAAGACCCCUGGAACUCCAUCACGAGCGGUGCCUUAACCGGAGCCAUCCUGGCGGCAAGAAACGGACCAGUGGCCAUGGUCGGGUCGGCUGCCAUGGGUGGCGUUCUCCUGGCUCUCAUCGAAGGGGCUGGUAUCUUGUUGACGCGCUUUGCCUCUGCCCAGUUUCCCAACGGUCCUCCGUUUGCUGAAGACCCCUCCCAGUUGCCUUCAGCCCAGUUACCAGCCUCGCCCUUUGGGGAGUAUCGACAAUACCAGUAG